AGCUAAUGCAUCCCCAUCCAUCCACCCAACUCACCAAUGACUGGCGUCGAGGACGGGUAGAUAUUUUGUGCCGAACCUCGGUGGAUCCCGGUUUUCUGCGGCAGGACUUAUUCAGUAUUCACUAUAGAGAUCCGGCUUCUGCAGGGACACCCCUAGUUUCAACUCGGUCGUGCCUGUUAUAUAUUGCGGUAGCUAUCGUUAUAAAAGCAGUUCUACGAGGAGCUGAGGAUUCCUGGAAAGCUGCAACUACUUCUCAACUACACCACCGACUUUCUCUGUACGCCUCAAUCCGUCUAAUAUGGAUUCCAAAACUUUUAGAGAAGCCGCCAUCUCCUCAAUUGACGAGAUUGUGAACUACUAUGACAAUGUCUCUGAACGGGAGGUAGUCUCCACGGUCGAGCCGGGGUAUCUUAGAAAGAUACUCCCGACCGAGGCUCCCCAAGAGGGCGAGCAGUGGAAAGAUAUCCAGAAGGAUAUCGAGGAGAAGAUCAUGCCUGGGAUCACGCAUUGGCAACACCCUUCAUUCCACGCCUUCUUCCCCUGCGCCUCUAGCUUUCCGGGUAUCCUCGGCGAGCUCUACAGCGCCGCCCUGAGCGGCGCCUGCUUCAAUUGGAUCUGCAGCCCUGCCGUGACCGAGCUCGAGACCAUUGUUCUCGACUGGCUGGCCAAGCUGCUUGCCCUGCCCGAGUGCUUCCACUCGACGGGCCCGACUCGGGGUGGCGGUGUGAUCCAGGGCUCGGCAUCCGAGGCCGUCGUGACCGCCAUGGUCGCCGCGCGCGACAAGUACUUGCGGGAGACGGUACCCGCCCACCUGGAAGGGGAGGAGCGCGAGGAGGCAGUGGCCAUGAAACGUAGCAAGAUGGUCGCCCUCGGCAGCAGCACGACGCACAGCUCGACCAAGAAGGCGGCCAUCAUCCUCGGCGUGCGGUUCCAGACCAUCCCGGUGACGGCGGAGGACAACUACGCGCUGACGGGGCGUACCCUGCGCGCCAAGCUGGACAGCUGUCGGGCCAAGGGCCUCGAACCGUUCUUCCUGACUGCCACGCUCGGGACGACCGACACGUGCGCCGUGGACGACUUUGCCGACAUCGCUGACACGCUCGCCGCGUUCCGCCAGGAGUCCACCAGCCUGCCGUCCGACACGGCCGGCGGCGAGGUCUGGGUGCAUGUCGACGCCGCAUACGCGGGGGCGGCGCUGGUGUGCCCCGAGGUGCAGGAGGCGACCAAGAUCGGUCUGGUCAGCCGCUUCCACUCGUUCAACAUGAACAUGCACAAGUGGCUGCUGACCAACUUUGACGCCUCGUGCCUGUUCGUGCGCGACCGGGAGUGGUUCGUACAGGCCCUGACGGUCAACCAAGCCGUCUACAGCAACGCGGCGUCCUCGGGCGGCCUCGUGACCGACUACCGCGAGUGGCAGAUCCCGCUCGGCAGGCGGUUCCGCAGCCUCAAGAUCUGGUUCGUCAUGAGGUCGUACGGCGCCGAGGGCCUGCGGUCUCACAUCCGUCGGACCACGCGCCUCGGCGAGACGUUUGCGGGAUUGCUUGGGGGAAGGCCUGACCUGUUUGAGAUCCUGACCGGCCCCAGCUUCGCGCUGACGGUUUUCAGGAUGGUGGGUGGGGAGGCGGAGAAGGCUGGUGGGGAAGACUCGCAGCUUGAGGUGCGGAAUACCUUGACCAGGAAGCUGUAUGAGACGGUCAAUUCGAGCGGGAAGAUGUGGGUUACGAGCACGGAGCUGGACGGGAGGUUCGCGAUCAGGCUCAUGACGGGGGUACGGACUACCCAGGAAGAACACAUCCAGAUGGCGUUCCAGAUGCUUGUAGACUUGGCAGAGGGGAUACAGAGGGAGUAGACUUAAACGGCGUGUACAUGAUAGAUCGGCUCCAGGUGAUGGCUUGGUCGAUUGCCGCUUGUCUAUAGUCUUGGCUUUCCCCGGAGAUGAAUAUAAAUUCCCUGAGGGGCGCAAGUUACGGGCACUGGGUAUGCAGCUGGGCACACAAAACACCCCAAUAUAGGGAAAAGGUUCGCUAGAACUGGUUCUAUGUGUCGACAAUCUGCCCGGCCCCAACGUCCCCAGAGAAUAUGCUAG